AUGUACAUGCGAAUCCUGGUACUUGGGCAACAAGCUGGCAAUGCUGAAAAACUUCCCUUCUUGCAAGUGACCCUUCGCACUACAGCCAGUUGUCAAGUGAUUUCCACAACGUACAGCAAUGUUGCCAUUGGAAUGCAGCACAUGUUGCUUCAGAUAAAUGAAGCCACCACCAAGAAAACUGUGGCCAUUGGUUCAAAGACUGAACGAGCCAGCUUGACCACCAAGUUCAUAGAAAUGCCGAUCUCCAUGGCGCAAUCUCCUGAAUUGGUCGCCAAUUAUGCAAGCAAAAGUUUGCCCCACGAUCCCGGACAGAACUGGCAACUCCACAAGACCGCCGACGAAAAGAUCAAUAUCUGCCACGCUGGCGUACACUGACUUGAGCCUCUGAAUCGCCUAUAUCAUGGAAAAAUGCAUUUGAAAAAUUAUUUUUCAUCGAAUUCUGCUUUCUCUCCCCAAAAUUAGGGUUAAAGUGCUUGUCAAUAUUGUACCUUUAAAUCAAGUAUUCAAUGCCGUCACAAAAUUUCAUCUUCAAAAUUCUUCAAAUCUUAGUUGAUCAAUAAUAAGGAAAGUUUCUCGUCAUCA